UCUCAGAAACCAGAAUUCUGACUGAUGGGCGCCAACAAGCAAACAGCUUCAGAAGACGCGAGUUGUGACGGUCGGACAGCUAACGUUCUGAAGAAAAUGAGUUAUUUAAGUGAAUUUUUACGUGCAAGAGGAGUACCCGAAGCUGCGAUAGCAGUAAUGGAAGAACAAAAGAUUGACUCUGAUGUCAUAUCUCUUAUGGACGAUGCAACACUUGAAAACUACUUGCCUUCGUAUGGAGACAGAAUUGCUGUUUUCAACUACUGCAAAAGCAAACAGCCAUUGUCCAAAAGAAAACAAGGACUUCUUCAAAGGCUUCGUGAGAAAAUGAAGAACAGAAACGAAAGUCCACAGGAGACCACGACACAUGAAAGUACAAGACAGAACAAGAAACCAAAAGGAACACAAAAUGUUGAGAUUGGAUGGAUACAUAGUGAUGGAAAAACUACCAAACAGGUGAGAGCAAAGCAGGGAGGUGGCACUAGAAAAAUUAAAAUGGCCUCUGAUUCUGGAUUAAAAGAUAUUCUUCAAGAAGGAAAGACCCUUUUUUUUCCUGAUGGCACAUCUCCUAAGGGACCUGAAACAGAUUUUGAGUUUGAUGUUUGGGACUUUAAACAGAGCCCCAUUACUCAAGACACCGGACUGACUAUUGGCAAAAUGUAUGAAGCAGAGACUGUCAAUGUUACGCUUCUACAUUGCAACAAAACCAAAAGAUCCAGAAAAAGAUAA